AUUUCUGGCAGAAGCCCUGGAGGGGAUUUGGGAGCGAAGAAGAAGAAAAAGAAACAGAAGAGAAAAAAGGAGAAGCCAAAUUCUGGAGGCACCAAAUCAGAUUCUGCAUCUGACUCUCAAGAGAUUAAAAUUCAGCAGCCUUCAAAAAAUCCAGCCAUUCCAAUGCAAAAGCUUCAAGAUAUCCAGAGAGCAAUGGAGCUGCUCUCUGCAUGCCAAGGUCCAGCAAAGAACAUUGAUGAGGCUACCAAACGUAAAUACCAGUUCUGGGAUACACAACCCGUACCAAAACUUAACGAAGUCAUAACUUCUCAUGGUGCAAUUGAGCCAGAUAAGGACAACGUCCGCCUAGAGCCAUAUUCUUUGCCACAAGGUUUUAUGUGGGACACAUUGGAUCUUAGCAAUGCUGAAGUUCUGAAGGAGUUAUACACACUGUUAAAUGAGAAUUAUGUAGAAGAUGAUGAUAAUAUGUUUAGGUUCGAUUAUUCCCCUGAAUUUCUUCUGUGGGCUCUUCGUCCUCCAGGCUGGUUACCGCAGUGGCACUGUGGGGUUAGAGUGUCUUCAAACAAAAAGCUGGUAGGAUUCAUAAGUGCCAUCCCUGCAAAUAUUCGUAUUUAUGACAGUGUGAAGAAGAUGGUAGAAAUCAAUUUUCUAUGUGUUCAUAAGAAACUGAGAUCUAAGCGGGUGGCACCUGUACUGAUUCGGGAAAUAACCAGAAGAGUAAACCUGGAAGGGAUUUUUCAGGCUGUUUACACUGCUGGAGUGGUGCUUCCCAAACCUGUGGCCACUUGCAGGUAUUGGCAUCGAUCACUGAAUCCCAGAAAGUUGGUGGAGGUGAAAUUUUCACACUUGAGUAGAAACAUGACUCUACAAAGAACAAUGAAGCUCUACAGACUUCCUGAUGCUACAAAGACUUCAGGUUUAAGACCAAUGGAACAGAAAGAUACUAAAGCAGUACAAGAAUUAAUCAACACUUACUUGAAGCAGUUUAAUCUUGCUCCUGUGAUGGAUGAAGAAGAGGUGGCCCAUUGGUUCCUGCCUCGGGAACAUAUUAUUGACACUUUUGUUGUAGAGGGCUCAAAUGGUGUUUUAACAGACUUUCUGAGUUUCUACACAUUACCUUCAACAGUGAUGCACCAUCCUGUUCAUAAAAGCCUGAAAGCUGCCUAUUCCUUUUACAAUAUUCAUACAGAGACCCCCCUCUUGGAUUUAAUGAAUGAUGCACUCAUAAUAGCUAAGUUGAAAGGAUUUGAUGUGUUCAAUGCACUAGACUUGAUGGAAAACAAAACGUUCCUAGAAAAACUCAAGUUUGGGAUUGGAGAUGGAAAUUUGCAGUAUUAUUUGUACAACUGGAGGUGUCCUGGCAUGGAAUCUGAAAAGGUUGGUCUUGUAUUACAAUGAGGACACGUUUCUAGAACUCUGAGGUCAUCAUUUGAAUUAAUUUGAUCUCCAUAACUCUUGGAAUGAUAUUGUUCAAGAGGAGUAAAAGCACAACGUCAGUGAUACUGAAAUAGUCCAUUAAACCUGAACGGUGAAGAAAUCCACAUGUGACCAAAUUUAUGCAUUUUCAGAUAAAUCAGAAGGUCCUUGAAACUUUUAUUGUCCAUGAAAAGAAUAAAAGCACAUUCAUUUAAGUUUCAAAGCUUAGCUUGCACCUUGAUGAGAAGAAGGUAUUUUUUUUCCACUCUGUAGAAAAGACUGUUUUGUAUAAACUGAACUUCAGUGGUGGAUUAGGGUACAAAAAUAUUUGCUAUUAUGUGGAUGAACUGCUGCAUUUCUAUUUAUUAAGUGGUGGUGUAUGUUUGUCAGUGUAACAGAAUGAAGGAUACAAACUCGAGUAUCUUUGCUAUAUUUACUUCACGUGGAUAUCAUCAUUUGGGGAAAAAUCAUAAAGUAUGAUACGUUUGUAGCUCUAUGAAAGUCCUGGAUGUUUUUUGUAACUGGAGCAGUAUGACAAUGUACUGGUUUAACUAGUGCAUUUGUUUCUCCAUAAGCAACGCUGCCAAAUCAAUAAAAAUACAGAUUUGUAUUUUGAUCUUCAAUAGAUCAGCGGAUUGAUUUAACAGUAUCGCACUGUUCAGUGCAGGUGUUACCUAUGUUGCCGGAAUGAUAAAACAUUACUGUACUUAAUUUACAGUUGUGGCACAAAACCUUAGUUUUUCCUCAGUAGAGUAACAUCAGCCUGUGUGUAAAACUAAGAAUUUUAGUAGUGCUAUCAGGAUAUUUAUAGUUUGAAUGUUUUCAAUGCUUCUGCAAAAUUGCACAUAUUCCUUUGUCUACUUUGAUUUCCUAUGAAGUCUGUAAUUCUAAUGAAAAGUAUCUUGUGUAAAUACGUAUUCAUAAAUUGUUCCUGGUAGUGUUUUUAUCCUGACUGGGGAACAAGAAGUUCGCUUUCUAUGUGGCUGGUAAGCAGAAGAGAAAAGCUCUACCCUCAGUCCUUGGAAGCCCGUGUACUCUGCUUCCUGAAAUGUAAGAGGGCUGAUGUUUGUUGUUGGGUAAGCUGUUGUAACUCCCUCUCCAAUGCUCGGCAACCAGAAUGGCUUCUGAAGCACUUUAUAUGCAUUCCAGCAUAGCAUUGUAGUUAGAUUUGAUAGCAGUCCUUUCCGUUCAUGGAUGCUGCAGUAACGCGAGCACAAAGAAAGUCUGCAGUAAGGAACUGUUCUAGCUGAAAGUGCCAAACUGUGGUAGUGAAGCCUCUGUGCUGUGAGCAUAUUUUGAUUGUGACUCAAAUAUCUCAUGAAAUGCAAAUGUCUGAACUUUCCUUUUAAAUAUGCCUGUAAUUCUUACAGCAAGUUCUGCUGAAAGCUGAAUUCUGUACCUGAAAACAUCAAUUUAGAUGAAGAUAAAUUUGUCUGUUCUUCAUAACUGCUAGCCCUAGCCACCUCCAAAUAGCAGUGGGGAUUUCCCUCUCCCCUCCAUUUCCCCUGUGUGAAUGGUUUGUGGUUUGGAUUCUUUUUAUUGUUGAACAGUGAGAAAAUUCUGCCUUGGGAACAGGGAUAGUUUCUCUUCCUGUGUUACAGCUCUGUGCUUAAAGCAUUUGCUUCCUUCACACAAAGGAAGGAAUUGAUGGUGGUUUGUCUGCUCCCUUUGUGCUCAUCAGCUCGGGCCCGGUUGAAGGGGUUGGAAGGGGAUUUUUGGGACUUGUAGCAGUGGAGUCAGGCUUUGCAACUUUGGCCCCUCUAUUACCUGUCUGCUAAUAGUAGUCACAGGAGACUAUGUAGGUGAAGUUUUGACUCCUUGUGUGCAGCUUGAGCAGAAUUAAGUGCCUGAAAAUGUAAUUGCUGGUAUAGAUAACUGAUCCCAAUUCAUCAAAGACUUAAGUUCUUUACUCCCAGAAGGUGAGCAGCAUGCCAGGAUGUGCAGGAAGCUGACAGCAGGAUGUGGUGUUCCUGCCUCGUGCUAAGGGCAGGGCCUCCCUGCUCCUCGCUCCGCUCAGCCUGGCCCUGUGCCCUGGUGAGGUACAGCCAUGGCCCGGCAGGCUGCUGCUCCAUGAGUGGAUGGCAUGCAGGCAGGAUUGUGCACUCAUUUUACAAGUGGAAGAAAUAGUAGAUGAUUGUUUUCUUUACUCCUCUCUUCCCUGAAAUCAAGAGGCAAAUGCCCACAGUCCUGUUGUUUGGAAAAGCUGUUAGGCCAUGGUUAGACCAAGUAUGCCUAGGCCAAAGACAGAACUGAAUCUGGUUUUCUGGCAGCCUGGCUUUCUGCCCUGAUCUCAGGCUACCUGCCUAUGAUGGAAGGUGUGUGGCCACUCCUCCUUUUUGCCAUCUUCUCCAAAAAAACAAUGAAUCUGAGGAGUGCAAAUUUGUCUUCUUGCUCCAGCUGCAUGCUGACUAUGGAAAAAGAGGCAGAGCCAUGCUCCUGCUGAAGCUUUGCAGUGCUGUAGCUAUGACUGAAAAACUGCAGGCCCAGAGAGGAUGAGGAAAGGGAGCAGCUGAGCUGAAGCUGGUGCAGUUCCUGGAGAAGCCUCUUCACAAAACCGUUGCUUAACAGCUGUUUAAUCCUGUCUGUUUAAAGUCUGCCCCUGCCAAGUGCUCAACCCUUAUGGCUAGCCAUGCUCCUUACUUCAAGUGCUUUGCCAAAGUAUCAUAGCGUCAAGAGAAUGUGAGUCUCAAAGGUGUCCUGGCAAUUACUCAGGAGUAGAAAUUGUGGCAACCCACCUUCACUUCCUAAGCAGGGCAUUGGUGUGGGUGCUGCUGUCAGCUCUGACAGAGGCUCUUGUGUUGUUUCAGGUGUUGAGCCUGCAUGUGUAUUAGGCUUGAUAGGAAUGGUUACCAGGAAAAACUGCAAAAACUAACAGGUGGUUUCACAAAAAUUGGCAAAUUUGAAGGCAUUGGAAAGGCUCGCUCUACCACAUUUCCCACAAGUCUUUAGAAACGUCUGCAAAUAAGUAACUGCAUCUGUGGAGGGGACCCAAAUCCUUUGGGAGAGCUGUACACCUGGACAGGCAGCAAGGUGCUUGGUAAGUGACUGCUGUGCUUAUGUUCUUUACCAAAGCCUAAUCCUCAGUCUUUACAGAAAGCAUAAGAGCUAAAUGUUACAAUUAGCCAGCAUGGAAAUUAAUUACGCUAGGUUCUAGCAUGCCUUCACAAUUUUAUGCAUCUAAAAAGCCAAAGGAAAUUAUCUCUGUGAAGAACUAUGAAGCAAGGCAACAUAAUCAUCUCCUUGCAACUCAGCAAGGAAGGGCAACAUUUUGGCAUUAAAUGUCUGCUUUGUUUACAAGGAGCAUCAUGACAAUAGAAUCAUUGCUACUGCCUCCCUUCAUAGUCGGAACCAUGAAUUUAAGUCACUUCUCAAUAAAUCCAAAAUGCUGAUUAACUAGCUGAUAACACCAGAAGGCUGCACUAGCAGAGCCCUGAAACAUACAGAGUGUAAAUUCUAUCUUUGAGGACAAUAAAGUAACUCAGCUCUUUUACAGUACCAUAGUAUUGACUAUUAGUUAUAGAGUGCCAUAUAAAUUCCUGCGCUAUCCAUUUUGAUUGCAGUUCGAAUUGCAGCACUAUUUAUUUCCUUUCUACAAAACAGUUUCAUUAAGAAACUGUUCACAGUCAUCAGUAAAACUAAAGGAAACUCUAAAGAUUUUUAGUCUGUUCUAGUGACUAUAGCUGUCAUCUGCUACUUUACAUUCAAUGGUACGUGGCAUAUCUGAACUUCCUGGAUGAUAAUUUUAGAUUUCAUUUAGAAACUGAAUGUAGAUUAGUUUGUUUUCUCAUGGGAUAUGUGCGUUAAUAGUUUGCAUAUAGAAGUUUUUUUCAAAAAUGCAGCAGUAUUUUGCUCCAUGUAUGAAAAUAAUAUUUUUCCUUCAGCGUAUCAGGCACCAGGUAGAGUUGGAAUCCAAACCUGCAUACGUUCUUGACCAAAACAAGCUUAUUGUUCAGCAGAGAAAAGAACAAAAGCUCAGAAAGGAAGUCUGCCUGUGCUGUUACAGCUGUUUACUUGAAACAAGCAUUGAACCAGCUUUAAAAGUUAUACUGGCAUGGACAUUGUUUAAAUAAACUUUCAAUUUUGGUAUUGA